AUGGCUCAAUCCUUCUGGGACCAAACGUGCGGAGAUUCUGGAGAGUCCAAGGACCUGUGCAGGAAAUGCGCUUCAUUGAACUUGGAGAGGACGUUUUCCCUUUCCAAAGGACACAACACGCCUGUCACCGUGAUCAGGCUGGAGAAGGGCUAUUAUCAACCCUCGUGUCCGCUGUGCAGAUUCCUGCGCCAAAUCGCGCACAAUAGCCCUCAAUGGCCGACGCCCAUUCUGACCUUUUUGAUGGCAUAUCGUCUGUGUACCCGCGGUGGUCCUUCGAUGCUCGACUGUCCGCAUCCCGAUGUAGUCUUUGGGGUUGUUGGGACAGAUCGAGAACUGCCGUUGGCGAGAUUUCUCAACGGGGACGGGGGAAGUCUCGAAAAGCGUCCACCCAUCUGCGAUUCCACCUGUCACUUGCGAGAUGCCGGUCUUAUACUGCCCAUGGACCGAAGUACUGCUGGCUCUAUCCGUUUGCAGGGGCACCGGAUUCAUGUCAACUCGGUCGAUUUUGAGGUCGUGAGCAGUUGGAUAGCGACAUGCAGGAGACUACACCCCCAGUGCUCGAAGCCCAGCGCCACUGCAGGAACACAUCCGCAGUGGCUAUUCGACUGUCACCACAGGAGACUUGUCCGCAAUUAUCGCAGUGUCGAUUAUACCGCCCUGAGCUACGUCUGGGGACCCGUUUUGACGGCUUCCUGUCCCAGCGGGAUUCAGGAGAGCAACGACGAUCUGACUGCGUUGCCACAAGUCGUCGAGGAUGCUAUUACUGUCACCAAGGCUCUCGGUUUUCGGUAUCUCUGGGUUGACCGGCUCUGCAUUCCGCGCAAUGACAAGCUUGAGUUUCACAACGAACUGAAGAAUAUGGCAUCGCUCUACAGGGCCGCUCAGUUGACCAUCAUUGCUCUGCACGGGGGUGGUGCGGCCGAUGGCCUGCCUGGCAUCAGCACCGUCCGUCGUGUCGAACAGCCGUGUCUUGAAAUCGGGAGUUGUCGGCUAAUUUCUACUAUGGGCACACUAGAGUCGGCGAGGCGUCGAUCGAAGUACAUCACUAGAGCGUGGACGUACCAAGAAGAAGUCUCGUCACGACGGCGAGUGUACUUUACGGAUCAACAACUAUACUUCGAGUGCAGCGCUUCGUCGACGUGCGAGACCGUCGCCGCUGAUGGCUCGCUUAAGGAGCUCUUUGCAGAGCCGACGGUCCCUCGCUUUGGCACUGGCAGACAUGAGCUGGACGAGUUUGACACGGCCUGGGAGCACAUUUCUCAGGUCUCACGAAGAAGUCUAACCUAUGAGUCUGACAGGUUGAAUGCUGUCCUUGGCCUUCUCGAAGAACCGUCAAUGUUCGAAAAGGCGUCCAGUCUACGGCAAAUAUAUGGCAUGCCUAUUCCCCGAGGCAGAAGAUGGAGAGACGACAGGCCUUCUCCCGAUGCACUGUUUGCUCUUUCACUUCUCUGGACAAGACGCCGUACUGACAAUCGACAACGUUGCUUUCCGAGUUGGUCCUGGAUAGGGUGGACCGGUGGGAAGGUCGUCCCAAUUUCCCCAGAACAACACGCCCCGAAGGGUUCUUGGUCGAACGACGUGGAGGUGCUGCUACAGACAGGCCACACAGGAGAAUCGGUGAGCUUGAGCGACCUUUCUAGAUUUGCGGAGGCUACAAUCGACGAGAUGCCGCGGCUUCUGUUUGUCAAGAGUCGAGGUUGUCGACUUCGCAACCUAGUAUUCAACCCAACAUCUCCUCAAUGUGUGAAGGCAACCUUCGUUUGCGGGUCGACGGAGAGAUCCGUCCCCAUCGACACUGAGUUGCGUGCAGACGAGCUACGAUGCCUCGAAACCCGCGGCACAGUCCUUGCCUUAGAUUUCGUGGACCGAUCUAGGGGACAUGAUCUGGACCGUUCCGCUCCCUUGCUGGUUGUGGCGGCGUUAAAUGGCGAUGACCGGCCCGUUGAACGCAUCGGAACCAUCCGCUUGUCGUCAAUUCUAACACUUACAUACCUAGAGCGGCUGAGAAUCGACGAUUUUUUAUCCAAAUGGGAGACCGUGACGGUGCGAAUAGAGUAG